UAAAAAUGGAGAUAAAGCGAUAUGCAUUUCCCGGAGAUCAGCUGACUGUGACUCUCCACUCCCACUCCGAAAUUCCCGAGACGUGGCGCCGAAUCUGCUCUGAUUUCUCGCGAUUUUGAGAAAUAGAAAAUUGCCCAGUAUGGCAGAACGAACAUACGACUUGGUUGUAUUCGGUGCAACUGGAUACACAGGCCAGUUUGUGGCUGAAGAGGUGGCCAAAAUUGCUGACAAAAAUCCAGAUGUGAAAUUUGCAUAUGCCGGACGCAGCAAGGAAAAGCUUGAUAAGACCUUAGAGAUGGCACGUACGAACACCAAGUUGGAACUUAAUGACGUGGCCUUGAUCAUUGCUGAUGUGGGCGAUGAGGAGUCCCUGCUGAAGAUGGCACAGCAAGCCAAGGUUGUCAUCAACUGCGUGGGACCUUACCGCUUCUAUGGGGAGAAGGUGGUGAAGGCAUGCAUUGAAGGAGGAGCCAACCAUGUGGACAUUAGUGGUGAGCCUCAGUACCUGGAGACCAUGCAGCUGAAGUAUGCCAAGGAGGCUGAGGAGAAGGGGGUGCAUAUCGUGGGAGCCUGUGGCUUUGAUUCCGUGCCAGCUGACUUGGGCACGCUUUUCUUGCAGGAGUCAUUUGAAGGUGAUGUCAACUCAGUGGAAAUGGUUGUCGGUCUUCACGAUGAGUCAUCCGGAAAUGCGCCAAUCAACUUCACGACCAUGGAGUGCGCCAUAUAUGGAUUAGCUCACAGUAGUGAGUUAAAAGCCAUUCGCAAGGAGCUCUUCCCUACUUCACUUCCCAAGUCAUCCUUUAAACCUGAACCAAGGGGCAAGUUGUUCUACAGCGAAGAGGCAGAUCGCUGGUGCCUCCCCAAUAUGGCAUCAGACCGCUCCGUUGUCAUGCGGUCACAGCGAAGCAACUUUGAGCUGGAGAAGAGACGCCCAGUGCAGUUCAAUGCCUACUUUGGCAUGGCCUCUCUGUCAACGGCCAUAUUUGGCAUUGUGUUUGGGAUCCUCUUCUACCUGAUGGCUUCCUUCACAUUUACCAGGUCACUUUUGCUCAAGUACCCAGAGUUCUUCACCUUUGGCCUGUUCACCCGGAAGGGGCCCAAACGCGAAGACCUGGUUGACAUGAAGUUCUGCGUGACCCUCACCGGCAAAGGCUGGGAGAAGAAGAUAGAGGACCCAGAAGAACAGCACACUGACCCACCCACUGUUAGCAAGACUGUUACGGUUGUUGGUCCUGAUCCUGGAUAUUUUGGAACCGCUACCAUUGUGAGUCAGUGUGCCCUGACUGUGCUUCAGGAAAAGGACAAGCUCCCCAAAAGUGGUGGUGUGUUCCCACCUGGAGCUGCCUUCCUGAAGACUACCCUGCGCAACCGCCUGCAGGACAAGGGAAUCCACUUCAAAGUCAAAGAGUAGAAUCCACUGAGAUUUCUUAGGAGAUUAGAAGGGAGAAUCAUAACCAAAUUUCAUAUGGCCUUAUUAAUGCAUAAAUUCCAAAGAUAUAUUUAGAUUGUGUAGUGUGGAAGUACUGGGUUUUGAGGUGAGGAUAAUCUGUGCAUGGUAGGAUAUACUUUAGCAGAUUAUUUCCUCAUUGAAAAAGCAAUAUGAAAUAAGCUAAUUAUCUUCUUCUUUUUUUUCCCCUUCCUCUUUUUAAUUUAAUUUGAUUUUUUUUUU